AUAAAUAUAAUCUUAUCAAUGUCAAAAGUAUUGAAAAAAAGAUUUACGUUCAAGUAGGAACGCGCUCGUAAAUUUAAACAUGAUACCCCACUCCUUCAAUUAUACUAUAGAUCAUCUUAGAUCUCAUGAACAAGUGAGCAGCAUGCUAUUUUCAAACUUUUCUAUUUUUGUCAGUACAUAGUACUGCAUCAUGAUUGGAAGUAGUAGUAGGAGGUGGACGAAUAGUAUGACGGGAGGGGGAAUACUAGUAAAUAAGUAAAGAAGGAACGCAAGAGAGGAUUCAGUCUAUAGAACAAUUAGAUUCUAGUUUAUCGCUAAAUAUUGCAGAAUUUUCGAUUAAAAUCCCUAUUACGAUGAUUAUGUGAAUUGUUCAAACUUGUGAAUGACAAAUAAUGUUAUGUAUUUUAUGCUAUACAAAACUGUGAUUUAUCUUAAGAAUUUUUUAGACAAUUAAUAAAAAUGGGUGCUAUUGUUAAACUGUUAUUGUGCGCUGUAUUAUGUGCAAGUGUACAGGGAGUAUGCAGACGUAUGAAGAACGAAGAUAUGAUCGAAUAUUCUUGCAUGGGUGGUCACCUUUCUGAUUUAGAUAAUCUUCCGAUAUCGACAGGAAAAAUUCGAAUUUCCAACAUGCCUAUUCGUCGAAUAACUGCAAAUACAUUUUCAAGAUUCGGUUUGGAUCUUUGGGUCCUAGGUUGUUCCUAUUGUGGUAUAAUAGACAUCGAACCAGGAGCUUUUCAACGGCUAAGUAAUCUUCAACAAUUAAGUUUAAACAAUAAUCACUUGACAACUGUAAAAGAAUCCUGGUUCAAAGGUUUGAAUUAUUUGACAUAUUUGGAUUUGAAUUACAAUAAUAUAGAAUCUAUCGAGGAUGGUGUAUUUUUAAAUUUACCCAGUCUUGUUGAAUUAAGACUAUCUGGUAAUCGUUUAGAAUGUCUAAAUCUUGUAGCUAUGUCGCAGUUGAAAGAUUUAAAAAGAAUAUUUAUCAGUGAAAAUUCCGAGCUUAAAUGUCCAAAUGCUAUCAGUAUUUUUCUUGAGAAUCGUGGAAUAACUUUUCAAAAAGAUCCAGAAUGGAGCAGAUUACCAAACGAUUUAAUUCCGGUAACAAUCCCACUUGAUUAUAAUAAAAUAACAACUAUAAAAAUACCGAUAGAACCCUAUUUUGGCUAUCAUCGUAAAAAAUUAGAUCCAACAACGACAAUACCAACAUCGACUAUGACAUCGACAUUACAAUAUAUUACACCAAAAUUCCAGACAACUGAAGAAGUAAUUUAUCGUCCAAACUUGAAAACAACUUUCAAAUCAUCCAUGAUUCGCUAUGAAGACAAAGUAAAAAUUACACAAAGUCCGUCAUAUGAGUACACAAGAGCACCAUAUAUUUCACAAAAAAAUUUUCCACCAAUCGAAUCUGCAACAUAUUUAUCAUCGUCGCGUGAGAUGACGCAAGAUAAUAGCCAAGAUACAACGACCUUCAGAUCUUGGCCAACUUUCUCGGAAUCUACUAGUGCCAGAAUCGAAUAUCCCAUUUAUCCACCCCAUAAAAACGAGGACAAAUAUUACACAAAACAACCAGAUUAUUCAAGUCCAAUAGACUCAUUUUCUUUGGCACCUAAUCAAGAUGAUCAUCAUCAAAUGUCUUCUGUAGAGCUUAAUAUGAAACAAACUAUGACUCCUUAUAGAACUGAUUCGUUAGAAAAGAAUAUUAUUCCAUCGAAUGUGCAAUAUCCACCCAGUAUUGAAAACAGAUUAUCAUCGAUAGAUUCUUCAGACACAAUUCGUACUACACAAUCUAUAUUUUCAUUACCAGAAAUAGUUCAAUCUGCUCAUCCAGAUGAUAUACAUUCAAAUAUCCUACCCAUUAUUGAAAACGUGACACAAUCAAUGGAUUUUUCGAAUUCAACUCGCAUUAUACAAUCUAUACCUUAUUCACCACCAUCAAUGGUUCAUCCUGCUCAGUCAGAUAAUAUAUAUCAACCACCUUAUUAUGAAUCCACGAUUACUGUUCAUUCACCGCCAUUGAUGGAUAAUAAAUCACAGCAGAAGGAAGUAAAUUCGGAAAUUGUGCCAAUUGAAACAACCACCGAUAAACCACUGCCCGAAUGUCCAACAAGGAAUUUAUCGUCAUCAAAUCAGAGCUCGAUUAGAAUGAUCAUUGUUUCUGUUCUUCUCAUGAUUACAAGUCAUAUCCUUGUGGAGAGAUUUAACUAAAUACGGAUUUUAAUUAAAAGUUUCAUUUAACUUAAUUGUUUCAUCUGUAUAAUUCACUAAAUUUAUAUCGACGAAAUAUUCAAAUAAACAUGUGUGAUAUAUCUGUGUUAAGCAUCGGAUUAAUAGAAUUAAAUGAAAUGACAUUUGUAUUGAAUCGUUUAAUUAAAAAUAUUUGAAUAUACGAAGUGCGGCUAUUUUUUUCCAAUUAUUGGACCAAAUUUGAGAAACUGUCGCGAUACGUUAUCAGAAGAACUAACUUAAACGAUUGAUUCUUCAGAAGCACUGUGGAGCCUGCAAAAUUCAUAGCUGGGCCAAAGAAGCACAAGAAGCCGAACGUCUAAAUAAAAUGCUAAAAAUCGAGAACGAGGAAAACGCAGCUGCAAAUAAUUUAGCUUUAGCGAUUCAGAAUUGCAAUGAGGCCCGAGCAAGUCAAUCUGAUAAAUUUUUCGAUUCUUUGAUCGAUAAAUACGCAAACAUGGCUAAGAAAUCGACGACGAAAAAGAAAAACAUGUCUGUAAAAACUGCAAAAAGUCCAAAAACUUCCAAAAGUUCGAAAUCUCCAAAGAAAACCAAGAGGAAGGCGUAGAAUAAUAUAAUUAUUGCACGAAUCUCCCUCCAAGUUAGAAUAUUUGCGCGAUUUUUAUAACUUAAUUAUUAAUCAUCGAUAGGAGUACCAUUAUUCGGUACAUCAAUUAAAAGAAGACGAAAAUGAUUAUAUAUAAGUUUUGUAAAUUCAAAACAUGUAUAUCGUCUUCUUAAGCCGUCAUAUUAAUUAUGCGGAUCACUGAUUAAUUUCUUUAUAAUCUUAUGUAGAUAUCAUGUUCAAAUAUAAAAUUGAAAUUAA